AUGUUCACGCCGGUCCAUACAUCGCUGGGGGCUUUGUUGCUUUACCAGAGCUCCUCCAGCCUCCUUCUUCACAAUGGAUCAGUUUUCGGUGUUUCUUCACUCUUAUCAGGGUUCAUGCUCAACCCGAGUCGAGAUAAUGUUCCCAUAAUAGCCGGUCUAAUGUCGAGCGUGGUUCCGUUCUAUCUAUUCAUGCCAUCUCUGCUGCCGACGUACCCAGAUGCACCAUCUUCAUGGGUUUCCCUUUUGUCAACAAUGGGGACCGGAUUUCUGCUUGGCUGGGGAACAAAGAGUGGUAGAGGGUGUACGUCGGGUCAUAUGCUCUGCGGCCUCUCACGUUUAUCGUCUCGCUCGUUCAUUGCAACGGCCAUCUUCUUCACGACGGCUUUGUUGACAGCAAACUUUGUUUCGGGUAUUCCGCCCUGUCCAGCCGGUGUCCCCUGCUACACGCCCACGUACCCUUCGAGUCCCGAACUCUCGUUUAUUCUGAGCGCCACGGCUCUCACAUUUUUGACAAAUACCUUCAUUGUACCUCAGAUGUUGGUCAGAUCAGAACGGUCCAGAUUGAUCUUCUCUUAUCUGGCAGGUCUUCAAUUCGGCACCGGGCUCUUUGUGUCUGGAAUGGCGGAUCCGUUUAAAGUUCUUCGAUUUUUCGCAUUUCCAACUGACCUAACUCGCUUUGACCCAUCUUUGGCACUCGUUAUUCUUUUCGGAAUUGUGCCGUCACUCAUCGCAUAUUUGACCGUGAAACCUGGCCGGCAAACAAGCUACGAUGGAAGAAAGAUAGCAAAACCAACUCUAGCCGAAAACUGGCGUCUUCCAACAGCCACCGUUGCUGAUAUCGACUGGCGCUUCAUUUUUGGAGCGACGGUAUUUGGCGUGGCCUGGGGGUUGCGAGGAGUAUGCCCAGGACCCGCGGUAUUGCGCUCAAUAUUGCAACCGAAAUGGGGAUUUGCGGAAAUGGUCGGAUAUAUGUUGGGCAACUUGAUAUGA